GAAUUUUAAUUGUGACUGAUUAAGUGAGAUAUAAAAAACUACUACUGCUCAAACUCAUAGUAAUUGUUAUCAGAGCACUUUCUUUGUGCAUUGUUGAAUAUAUACUUCGAAAAUGAGUAUUAGAGGAUCCAACACAUUUGUGUGGGAUACAAGCAAAAUGCUGGGGCAAGGUGCAACCAGUAUGGUCUAUAUGGGUAGAAAUAAGGUAAGCUUAUAAUUUUAAUCAACAUUUUUCAUUGCCAUCCAAUAUUUAAAACAAAUAAAGCUAAUGUAUUUGAUAAGAAUUAAUUGUUAUCAAUGUAAUUGUCUUUAAAAAUGUUUUGCAUAAAUACUUCAGUUAUUAGUUCCUCUUGCAGUGUGGAUUAUUUUCCUCCUCUCCAUGUCUGGUUGCCUCUUUUUCAACAUUUUCCAGGCUGACACCCAGUUUUUUCAUAGUGUAGCUUCCUCAUUCCUGUAGGUGGCAUCAAGUGCCUUGCCAGUGUAAAAUAAUCUAUUGUUACCUACAAAAUUAGAUUUUAAAAAUUAGAUUUUUGUUUUGAAAUGGUUCAUUACCAAACAGUAUAUAACAAAGAGUUUGAAAGAGACAAAAACAUUGAUUAAAUAUAAGAAAGAAAGUACAAUACCUCAGCUAGUGCUAAUUACAAGUAAAAAUUUAUUUAUACAAUUAAUUUUAAUAUAAAAUUACAAAAUCAUAUACAUAGAAAUAAAAACUCCUAACUUUCAGCUCGUGAAUAUGUAUAAUAAUAAAGAAGUAAAAAUAUUUUAAUCCACACAUUCAGUGAAAUUAUUGUUAGUCUCUUGUAGCCCUUCUAUCUCAGUCACACAAAAAAAUGUAGAAUCAAACCUUUAGUCUAGAGCGGCAAGCGAGAAUUCUCCAUCUCUAUGUAGAACCUUCUAGUAACUCUAGAGGAACAGUGUUCAGAGGAUCACAUGCCCCCAAAAAAUAUAAUUGGUGUUGACUGUAACAAUAACAAUAAAGGAGAUAUUUCUACAUACAACUCCACUUUGUACCAACAUUGGGUCAUGUAAGUCUACAAGGAGCUAUAACACCAUUUUAUAAUUUUAAAACUUAACAUUUAAAAAAAUUUAACAUAAAAAUAUCAACAUUUUAUGUGUAAACGAAAGAAAAAACCUUUACAAUUUCUUCAUUGGUAAAACUUAUGUGGCUAAACUUUUCUGCAUAGCCUAGGGGGACAUAGACAUUUUAAACUUUUAAUACAUUUUUAAAAUAUUUCUAAAUAAAAGCCCUAUUCCACUUCUCCCCACCUGAUUCUCUUUUUCAGAGCUUAGUUUUUAAAGGCUGAUGCCUAAUUUUUUCAAGGUCUAAAUAUUAUCAAAUUAAUUUCUUCAUUAAAAAAAAAAAAAAGAAAACUGGUGAUGAAGUGGCAGUGAAAGUGUUCAACAGCCAGAGUUUUCAUCGCCCAUUUGCUGUUCAGAUGAGAGAAUUUGAAGUGAUGAAAAAACUUAAUCAUGACAAUAUUGUCAAACUACUGGCUAUUGAAGAAGAGGUCAGUAAAAGAAGAAAAGUCUUUUGUAUUUAUAAAUCUCAAUUCAGAAUAUAUGCAAAGUUCUGUUUGAAUUUUUUUGGGGGUGGGAGACCAACUGCAAUUCAGCUCUCUCAAGGUGGGCAACCUUUUUGUGCAGACGGUCACAUGGAAAUAAUUAAUUUUUGUGUGUGAAAAAGGGGGGUGGGGUUGAUUUUAAUUUUUUUUUCAUGAUGAUUUUAAUUUAUACUCUAUUAAAGAUGGGCUUCAAAUUUUCACUCAGAGUUCAGUUGAAAAAUAAGCAGUUGAAUGAUUUUUAAAUUGGCUGUUAUAAAUGUUAUUAUAGAUUUGCAAUUUUUUGCUGUGAUUUUUAAUUUUCUAUGACUUUUACAGCUAAUCAUUUACAAUUUGUAAUUAAGUAAAGAUUAAUUAAUUUCCCGGAAGGACCUGCGGGCGACAUUUAAUUGUUCAGCUGCCACAUGAUUGUUUUCCAAUCGGAGUGUAAAGUUGAUCAAAUCUUAAGCUAUUUACUGCAAGUAAAAAACAUAGUUUAAAGUUGUAUGUAUUUUCUUGUUUUAGCUCCCCAAUCGAGCUAAGGUUAUUGUUAUGGAGUAUUGCACUCAUGGUAGUCUUUACAAUCUCCUUGACAUGCCUGAGAAUAACUAUGGCCUGUCAGAAGAUGAAUUGCUCAAUGUUCUUAAGCAAGUCAGUGAGUAUUCUUCUCUUUUUUUUACAAAUACAGUCACAGGUCUUUUAUUAACUGUUGGCCACAUAUACUCUUACAGAUUAUAAAUAUAUAUAGCAUGUGUAAUUUUAUCUUUUCACAGUUUAAGUAUUAUUAAAUUAAAUUUUAAUGUGAUAUAUUAUUUAUAAUUUAUUUACAAACAUUGCGAAGGAGCAAAAACAGCCUAGCAAUGUUGAAAACUGUUCAGAUUAUGCUAUGAUUAUACUAGUAACAAAAUAAAGAUUUCAAAUUUAAUUUACAAAUGUUUUUCAACCCUUUUAUUUUUUUUGCUUUUCUUUUUGCAAAAUUUAAAAGAUGUUUAUGGAAGAUAACUUUUCAAAAUUUUGAGAUACAAGCUGAAAGGGCUUAUUUUUAAAUAUUAAAAUUUGUAAAUGUGAACAUCAAUGUUUAUCAUUAGUUAUCAUUUUAAAAAAAAAAAGCAAUGAUCUAUUGGUAGCCUUAGGGGAGUCUUGCUUGUAAAAUUUAAUCAAGAUGCCAAAGCUCAAUUUUCCCCACACACAUUCUUUUGCUCCUAACAGCGGCUGGAGUGAAACACUUAAGGGAUCAAGAUAUUAUUCACAGAGAUAUUAAACCUGGAAAUAUAUUGCGCUCUGUUGCUCCAGAUGGGACGUGAGUAUCACUUGUGCUGGGGGGUUCCUGUGUCCCUGGUCUAACCAAGUAUUUAAGCUGUAUUCCAGUGAUUAGAUGUUUCAUUUGUAGUACACUGUAUAAAAGCACAUACUCUGAAUUCUGAACAAGAACAUAAUGUGACAUUAUGAAAGGGCAAGACCAUGUCUAUUUUAUCAUAUUUAGGUCUGUAUUUAAACUGACUGACUUUGGAGCAGCCAGAGAACUACAACCAGAUGAAGAAUUCCUUUCACUCUAUGGAACAGAUGAAUAUUUGGUAAUCUCUAGACAAAAUAUUUUGCUUUCAUUUAUAUUGUAAGCUUGGUAGCACAUUCUGGUCAGUAUAAUCGUUGAGAAAAUUGUUUGUACUAUUUGCAUAGUAUAAUUCAUUUUAAAAUCAUUUCUAAACAAUGCUCACCUAGUAUCUAAAUUAACCUGAAAGGUAAAAAGCUUGGAUAUUGGACAAGCAUUUAUGGAAAUGUUCUAUCUUUAUUUAAAACAGCAUCCUGACAUGUACGAAAGAGCAGUUUUACGAAGGGCAAAAGGUCAACAGUUUGGUGUCUAUGUUGACUUAUGGAGCCUGGGUGUGACAUUUUAUCAUGCAGCCACAGGGAGCCUCCCAUUCAGACCUUAUGGGGGCAGAAAAAACAAAGAAACAAUGUAAGUAUAUUUAUUGUAGGUUUGCCUACAGUUCUAGGUAUUUGUGUGGACAGGCUGUUUUAUCAGCCAUUCUCCCGCCUCAUAAGAAGACAAUAUUUUAAGCAGUACAACAAGGAUAGCAAAUACCUUUUAAUUAUCUGAUCCUGAGUUAAGAAAAUUUUUAUCAUUCUCUCUAUUAGGCACAUGAUCACUGCCAAGAAGGAACAUGGGGUCAUAUCGGGUGUUCAAGAGCAUCCUAAUGGACCAAUCCGAUGGGACAGGGAUUUGCCUCCUACUUGUCGAUUGUCAAGGUUAGAACACAACAUGUGAUGCAGAUGAACUUGCUCAGCAGGUGUUAAAAAUCUCUGUAAUUGAUUAAUUCACUUAUAUCUAUGUACCAUUCAUUUAUAUUGUUCCUUUCUUUGACGAUAUAUGAUACAGAUACUGCUCUUUUACAGGGGUCUUAAAGCACUGAUCACACCAUUCCUGGCUGAUUUAUUGGAGAAAGACUCCCAAAAAACCAUCAGUUUUGAUGAUUACUUCAACAAGGUUGAUGAUAUAGUCUCUCGCAAAGCUUAUGAUGUCUUUUGUCCAUCUUCUUUCUCCCACCUUAUUAUCUACACCAGAGUGAAAGAUGAGUAAGUUUUUUAAUUGAACAUUCAUUGAUUUUUAUUCCUGUAACUAUUGUCAGUCUUAGCAAUAAUUUUGUAUUAGUUCUACAGUGUGGAGAGUUACAAAAGGGGGACAUAAUGUUUAAAAAAGAGGGACAUAGUGUUACAAAUGUCUUUAACAGAAAUUUUUACUAUCAAACUGUAGCCAGUAUUAAUUUAAUGCAUACUUUUACUGGAGUGCUCAAAAGUUCAUCUCUUCCACUGAAAUGAUGCAGAAAUUAUUAAAUUUAUUGAUGCAUGAGAAAUCACUGAAAAUUGUAUGCUAAAAUCAAGUCACAAUUUUUAAUGCACGGCGUCUAAUUCUGAUUAAUUAAAUUUUACACAUCUGGAAGAAUCAGAUUUUAGCCCAAAUUUUUAGGGGUAAAAAAAAAAACCCUCUGCCCUGUUUACUUUGUUAUGCAAUGAUAUUCUAUGGGAAAGAUCUGGCAAAUCAUGGCUGUAAGCUUUAAACUUAAAUGUCCAUUUUUUUGUAGCAUGUCUCAGCUGCGACAGCUCAUUACAGACCAGACUGAAAUAUUAGGCGGUGCCCAACUCCUGCUGCAUGAUGGGAAAAUUCUGAAUGAUGAGUCGCGUGAACCAGUGUCUAACUACCUUAAGCAUAUCACUUCAGACAAUCCCAUCUUUGUCUUCAACAAACUGCCAGAAUUCAAAAGGUUUAUGAAACCUGCCUGUGGUAAGUUACGGAAAUUAAAAGAAAAAAUACAGUCCAUGAAAACAAAAAAAACUUAUACAUAAUAUUAAAGAAGAAAAAAAACCAACUAAAACACAACUUGGGCAGUCAGGAUCAUCCUUACAUUAUUUUUCUUUUUUUGUGUGUAAAAUCUGUCUGCUCUGUUGGUAAGAAAUAGAGCAGAAUAAACAUUGGAUGGAAUGGUUCUGCUUGAGAAGAGUGGGCUUAUUUUGGCAGAUAAGCCAAAAAUAUUUGGUAAAAUUCUAUCAUUUUAUUUCGGCGGCUGUAUCAUUUAUGGUCACCAUGCUGCAAGGUCCAACUUUUCUUACAUAAUUUUUUAUAUAGUGUUCCCAAUGAACAUAUUCAUAAUUUAUUUUAUAUUUGAAAGCCACCCAAGAACAAAAUAAAUCAGAAAAAUGUAUUUUUAUACAUCAAAAUAUAUUUUUUUAAAAUUGUUCAAAUUAUUUGUAGGUCAUAAUUUUUUGAAAGUAUUCUUUAGUAUCUUAUCUGUAAUUUAACCCUGUGGGGCAGGAUCGUUUUUGGAGUGUCAGUGCUAAGAAGACAGAUCAGUUUUUACAAACUCGGCACUCGUAGUGCAAAAAAAAAAACCAACAACAAAAAAACUAUUUCCUUUACAUGUAUAAAACUAUAUAUAUUCUUGUAGGAAAUUGAAUGAACUAAUACAAUCAGUAUGAAUCAAACUGAAAUCUCAAGAUUUAUGUAAAUGAGCUUUCCUGAUUUGCAUAAUAUAUGCAUGUAAUUUUUUUGUUACACUUCAAAUAAACAUGACUUACUUAAUCAUUUGUGUGCAUUUUUUAUGGUUGAAGCUUGAAUAAGUCCUAACACUUUUGUUUGGUUUGGGGAAAAAAGGCCCAUGGAGGCCCUUCAGACACCUCUGGCACAUGGUUAUAAUCUUUUUUUCCUGCUCCGACUAUUUUUUGGUUAAUAAGGGGAGAGACUACAAUCAGGUUAGCACAAUAGAAAAUGAGUAAAAUAAAGUAGUGUUAAACCUAAAAAAAAAGGAACGCAACAAGCUGCUAUAGAAACACACUUCAACAGGCCCCCAUUUAUGACCUAGGGACCUUUCCAUCAAGCUGGGUGUUACUGAGAAAGUUGUCUGUAUAACUAUUGGUCUCUCUCAUAUACAUUUGAGUGAUAUUCAGUGUAAAAGUACUCAAAUGGGUUGCUUAUGCCUUGAGGCAUAUUUAUAGGUCCAAAUUUUCUAAAUAUUCAUGGGGGUCAUCUCUAUCCAGUUCAGGAUCCCUAACACUAAACCAAGGGUUGACAACAUUAUGGUUAACAUCAUCAUAUUGAUUGUCAUCAUUACUUUCCUGGUUGUUUUCAGCAGUGUCUGUCAGAUUCACUGCUUAAAUAUCAAAAUCACAAAGGAUAGUUUGUUCAGUGUCAUUGUCAGACCUUUUGGAAUUUAAUGAUGUUGCUUGCAACACAACAAAAGCUAGUAAACAAUAAACACCCUGCCAUUAAAAUUCCAUGAUGUGCAGGAAUGUGUAAGAAGCAAUCUGAUCAGCUCGAACAAAGACCACUCCAGCUAAUCUCAAGGCUUGAAUUAUCGGCAUUUGUAUUUUUCGGUACUCGACCCUGGGCCGAUAGAUCAGCCCAGCCAUCCCAAGAGGGUUAAAAUAAUCUUUUCAGCUAUUGUAUGCUUCUAGUGUGUAAAAUCUUCAAAUUCAAAUCAGACCUGGUAGUUCUGGUGAGCAAAGCAUUUUUACUUUCCCUAGGUUCAUUUAAGGAUAUUCCCCCAGAGACAAAUGUAGCCAGUGAUUAUCCCUUGGCCAAGAAAAACUUUGCUACUCUGUACUCAGUGAGGAAUGCUGUUAAAGUUCUGGUACACAAUGAUAUGCUGUUGACAAAAGCUGUCAAAAUGUACAGGUAUAUUUUUUUUCCCUCUGUCUAUUAAGGAAACUGCUGAUGCUUAAACAAAUAAAUUAAUAGCACAAACAAAAAACAAAACAAAAAACAAACAGUUAAAUAGUUUAACUGAAAAGUAAUUCAAUAGUAGGAGUCAAAGGUAAAUCAAUAGUAGGAGUCAAAGGUAAAUCAAUAGUAGGAGUCAAAGGUAAAUCAAUAGUAGGAGUCAAAGGUAAUUCAAAAGUUGAAGUUAAGUGUCAUUUUAUACUUCAAAAAAAAAAUGUUUCUUUAUAAUACUAAAUAUGAAUCAUUUUUUGUGCAUGUAAAUUUGUUCAUUGAUUGAUUUAGAAUCAAAGAAAAUAAUUCUAUGAUACCUGGUAAGAUUUGGCAGCCCUUAAGUGAGCAAGAAUACUGUCUGAUAAGAGCAGCUGUAUGGCUCUUAAAUGAUUUAAAUCAUUUCCUAUUGUUGUUUUGCAGCCGCUAUGUGCAACAAAAAAGCAGCCAGCUAGAGCUCGCCACAUCAUAUGUUACUCGAAUGUGCAGUGAUGCAAAAGCUUGGAAAGAGCAGCUAUUUUCAUCAUUGGGUAUACAAGUUGGCAUGUUCAGAGCUCUUGCCAAUAAUGUCAAGCCAAAUGGAAUUGAUGUGACCAGUCGUGUGAACAUGCUUCAAACUGUUCAACAAACAGGCAAUAGGGAGUGUACGCAGAUUUACGGUGAUGUUAGUAGCAGUUGGCAUUUCAGUUAAUUUAUUUUUAAACAUUAAAGGUUUCUACUAGAAUCGCUCAUUCUAUCCUGGUUGUUUCUUUUUAAUAGAUAAAACAUUGUUAAAAUCUACUUUUUCCUUUAAUUUUCUUAGUUCCUGGAAAAGGACAAGUAGGCCAAUAUUAAGAUGGACUGAAUAUAUUCCAUUUGGUUGUAAAUAAAACUGUUUUUAUUAACCUCAUUUUAAAUCAAAGUUUAAAAUGAAGUUUUUCUCCAAAAAUAUUUGAUUGAAAAGGAAUGUUUUGUGAAAUAAUGUAUACUUGUCUUUUUGUUUUGUAUCAGUUGUAAUUGUUUUAUAUACACUUUUAUUUAGCUGUACAGUGAUGGUUUUCACACUAAAACAAAUUAUUAAAAUGUUUCUUCACACUGUCCAAUUAUUAAAAAAAUAUAUCUGCUAUGUGUGUUUUCUUUAAGUUUGAAUUUGCAUUUUGUGUGACUAUAAUUAAAGCUUAACACUUUAUAGUUUGACUUACACAAAUUGUUUGUGUCUCAUGGAUUCACUUAAAAACUUUUUUGCAGUCCACAACCCUUUUAUAAUUACUUUCAGGAACUCUGUAAACAUAAUUUAAACCAGAGUCUUUGAAGUAUUAACGCUGUAAGAAAAAUAUCAGAUCGAACUGAACAACCCUGGUUAAAAUACCAUGCAUCAGGCUGGUCUAGGUUAUUCUGAGCCGUUAAUCCAGUUUUCCCUUUCAUUUCAUCAGUUACACAGCAGGCUGGAUAAAGCCACUUCCCUUCUACAAGACAUAAAAAGUGGACAUGUCCUUGACACUGACUGGGAUCCUGCCAAAGGAUGUGUGCCAACAGACAGAUGGUACAUUGGAUUGUUUGUGUUAACCUUAGGUUUCAUUUUUUGUAACACAUCUUUUUACCUUGACCAAUUUUUGUUGGCUCUUAAUUUUUCUAUCACUAUAAACCAAUAGCUUGAUUGUGCUAUGUCAGUACUUAUGCAUUCACACAUAUUUUUUUUAUAUUGCUAAAAUUUACAGUGACAGAGAAAGCGGACACUUGUAAUAUAAAAUAAGCUUUGUUCAGUCUGAGUAAAGUCAAUGUUUCUGGAUUACCAAAUUUGAACAAAUUACUUCUCAUUGAUCUUAUACAUUUAUAGACAGUAAAGUGGAACCUCACCACAAUGGGCCAUGGGAUCUCACAAAUUCAGAUAUAAAGUGGUAAUGGGAAGUUUACCCAAAUUUUAAUUCAUUUGCACAAGAAAUUUGUUUUUUCCCCACGUGAAAAAGAGUAAAAUAAAAAUGUAUAUAUUUUCAUUUAAUACAAUCACAAAUCUCUUAAAACUAGUCCAACUUCAACACCACGUAGCUCACAAGAGUAAAAAAACAUCAUUUAAAAAAACAACUAAAUCUCCCUACUUGAAGAAAAAUCACACCCCUUUUGCACAGAUUUGAGGCUUCUCAAACUGCAUGGUAUACUUUGUCAUCUUAAGCAAAACAAUGAGCUGUAAAAAUAUUAUCUGUCCAUUAUUUUGAAUAUAAGUCAAUGCCACUUUAUGAUGGAUUUAGAUAAUAAUCCAAUUUCUUACAUUAGACACUAAUGCACAUAUGUACAUGGAAAAAAGUAAAAUAUUGUAAAACCCCACUAUUAAUACAAUCCAAAUUUACGGUCUCCAAUUAUCAGGUUAAAGCCAUGUUUACUGUUGCAACAUUAGUUUUGAUGGAAAAGUAUGUACAAUGUCAUUGAUAAUAAUUUUUUUUUCAAAAUGAGCCAUAAGUUAGUAUUGUCUGAUGUAUUACAAAGAAUUCAGACAAACAAAAAAUCUUACCAUGUCAGUGCAUUGCAUACAGUACCAAAAUUAAAUUGUCUUUAAAAUUGACAAUUACCAAUCUUUGGUCACACCAAUGUACAAGGGAAUUGAAAUUUAUCCACUUACCUUUUUCUUAAUCCUUAGCACCGAAAAGAUGGAUAAUAUGAUACAGAGGCUACAGAAAAUCAUGAAUUCAUUCCGUGAUGACAGAUCCAAGGGUCAACUCAACAACAAUGAUGAACAAAUCCAUAGAUUUGAUAAGUAAGUUUUAUUAGUGUGCUGGAUAUUUCUUAGGAUUGAAACAGUGUCUCUUACAGAUGAUAGUGUGCUCUGUCAAGCUCUAAGUUUUAAUGCUUCAUGUCUUCACCUUAAAUUUGGGAAACAAUGUCAUGGAAGUAUUACUGUAACAUGCAACAUAAAUUGCUUGACUGAAAUUAUGACUUGUGUAUCCUCAACUGUUGGUAGAAUGUGUUUCUAUGAUGAUAUUAUGUAGAAUUUAACUUGACUAAAAUCAGUUAUGGGUAGCUAGAAAUGCAAGGAAUUAUAUUUUCUUUCUUUCUGGAACACACAACGGAAAAGGUCCAGCAUCUAAUCUACUUAAGAAAAUCAGCAAACUAUUGAGCCUAAGCUCAUGAAGUCUUCUCCGGUGCACCCUCGCUACUCCCAACCGGCAUUCAACCACUCCCCCAGUGGCCUUUAUUCCAAUCAGGUCCCUGAGACAGCCACACCCAUCCUUCCUCUCCAUUGACUAUGCCAGUGAGGCGGCAUCCGAGAAGGAUCACCUGGCCGGCUGGGGUGCUGCUCUCACAGCAACUGGGCCGGACUUACUAGGGGCUAGGGUGGAUAUAUUUUAUGUCCCUAUAUCCCCCCUUGUCCAACCCAGGGGGACGCCUAGGUGUUUAACAGACGCCCUCUAAUAGGGUUUACAUGGUUGACAAACUCACACAGCAGCUGGGAGAGAAAAGAGGUUGCCUAGGAGCAGUACACUCAAAGACUGCAUAUUUAGAAUCAUUGGUGAGGGUUGCCAUGUUCCUCUCCUCAUAUCCAUACCGGAACUGUAAUCAUAUCUAAACCUGUUUCUGCAUUAUUUUCAAAUGUAGUUGGUAGGAACCAUACAGCCGUGCUCUUUCUAAUGAAGUUUCCUUGCGUUACUUUUGCCUUCCAGUGCAGGUCCCCUACACAGUUAUACUGUUCCCCGGGUAACUUUUCAGGUCCAGCAUCUAAAUUAUGCCAAUGAUAGUUUCAAAAUAUUAUAAUUGUUUAAAAUAAUAGGAUAACUUUCAAAACAACUAAUUAAAAGAUAGUGCACAAAUCUAUUGGAGCAUAAUUUAAUAUUUACAUACUCAUUGAAAUCCAGUUGAUGGGCUUAUAUUCCUGCUAUAUAUUUCUUGAUAAGCUUAAGCAACAUAUGAAAUUGGUAUGCUUUCAGGCAGGGCCAGCCUUAGGCCACUGCAACCUAUGCGGCCGCAGUGGGCCCUGCACUUUAUUUUCGAAUACAAAAUCUUAAUUUUCACUUAUUAUCCUUAUCCCUACCCAGAUUAGGCCCAGCGCAAUCCGUUUUGCACAGGUCCCCGCAAUUGUUAGGGCCGACCCUGCUUUCAGGACACAACUCAAAAUAUAAAAUUUAAACAUCUUAUGUUUUUUAUUGCCAAAAAAAAAAUUAAUAUUGCUGAUUUUUUAACAGAGACACUUAAGUUAAUAAAUAAGAAUAAUAAAGUUUAUUUGAAAAACACGCUUCAUCCCCAAAAAGCUCGAAUACAAAGACAACCAUAUUUAAAAAGAGAAAUGAAAACAAUCUAUAUUUUACCACAUUUAAAAACAAACACAAUACUACAAAAACUACAUACUAGCAUACCAAGUCAAGGUCUUUAAUCCCAUUCAACCAUAAAAAAACACGAGCCAAUAUGCAUUAACUGGAAAAAAAAUGGUAGACAACAUCACCCCAGAAGGUGUUUGCGAAAUAGAUGUGUUUUUAAAUCGGUUUUAAAGGACUCCAGUGGCUGGCUGUUUCUGAGAGCGACAGGAAGGGCGUUACAAAUUGUUGAACCAGCAAAUGCGAAAUAGCGCUUUCCGUAAGUCUCAAGGCGAACAUGCGGUAUUGAUAUUUUGCCACUAUCAGAUGAGCGGAGCUGUCGUUUGGGUACAUAAGGCGUCAUGAGUGCUUUGAGAUAGGACGGCGCAAGGUCAUGUAAGCGGCGGUAACACAAAGUUGCAAUUUUGUACUCUAUGCGAUCACGGACCGGCAGCCAGUGCAGCUCUCUCAGAAGUGUUUUAGCAUGGUUGAAUUUGCGCUUGCGAAGAACAAUGCAAGCCGUAUUCACUCUACUUAUGCUUAUAACAAAGAUUUAAAUUAAAAAGAAAUAUCAACUUUAAAUGAUAUAGGCUUUUAAAAAUCACAUUCAUAUAGUUCAAACUCAUUAUAUUCAUGUUUACAAUUGCAGGAAUAAAAUGAAGGAGAUUUGUGUCACCGCCCAAACAUUAGUAGAUGACGACUGCACAAAGAAAGCCCAACAGCUAUUUCUUUCCUUUAAACAGUUUUACAGGUAUCUUUUUAUCUCUUUGAUGUUAUUCUUACAUGAUUAAACUGUAACUUAUCAAGGGUCUAUUUUGGUAGCAUACUUCCAUUUGCAAAUGAAACAUGGGGUUAACGCAUUGUUUUUACUGUAUAAAAGAGGCUUUGAAACUUUUCUUUUCCUCCUAAAACAGACUGUUCAACAGUUUAUGCAUGUGUAGUUUCCCUUAUAGCAACCACAUUUUUUUCAUCACCAGCUUUUCUAUUCUUAAUUAGAAACUUAUCCAUUGUAUGUGUAAGUGUAAUCCAACUCCAAUCUGAUGGGAAAUUUUUAUAAAGUAAGUUUUAAUACUUCCAGGCAUCAAAAUCUCUGCCAAAACUUUGAGAAGCCAGGGAAACUAAUGCUAGGUUUAAGAUAAUGUAAAAUUAAACAAGAAAAAUACUAAAGAAAUAAGGCAAAAACCAUUUUUAAAGAAAAAAAUGUGCAGUAUAAGUAUGUUGGCUUUCCCAUUAAAUGAAUUUGGCAAUUAAAAUGCUAAACUGGCAGCCCUUUAUAUUCUUUUGGGGGAAAAGACGAAAUGCAGUGCAACCUUGCAUGAUCCAUUUAUCUGCUUUAUUCCUUUAGUGUCUAAAACAUGUGUGAAUAUUGGUAUGAAGUAUUUUCGCAUGACAUUUUGAAAAACACUGACAAAUUGUAAUCUGUUUAAAAACUUGUGGUUAGAGCAAUUAAUAUAUUAUUUUCUACCAAAGCUUUCUGUUGUCACAGCCUUACAGAAGAACAGUUGAAACAGUUAUAUCCUAAAAUUUAACUAGAAUUUUAACAUUUUAACUUGUUCCUUCCUCCCCUUCCAGCAAAGCUGUACAGAUAAAUGAUGCAGGAGAAAGACUAGAUGGACUUAUCUCUGAUAUAUCCAAUGCCCAGACAAGACUUAUCGGCAAACUCAAAGGGGUAAAUAGAGAUUUUUAAAAAUUAAUUAUUCCUAUUGUUUAUAUUUUGAAGAUUUAAUUAAAAUUAUAUUUCGCUUCGCAAGCUUUGCAGAACUGUGUAGUUCCAACCCAUUGUUUUUUAAUUUUGGAUUUCAUUUUGUUUCACAUUUGCGAGGGUUUAUGGUAACUCUUUUUAUUUGUUAUUUCCUUGUAAAAUAUAAUGUUAAUGCUUUACCCAUCACACAGUCUGGGAAGCAGUGUUUGAGUCAAGCAGAAGUCUGUCUCCAAGCAUUAGGGCAACCCAACAAUGUUGCCAAUGGAGAUGUCAGUGAUAGGGGAGAUAAUGCUAGCAGCACUUCCAGAGGCAGCAGACAGGAGAGGCUGGACAGUGUUUUGGAUAGGUGAACAUUAAAUUUUAAUAAACAACAAUAGUUGUUAGCAAAUGGUUUUAAUGUCAUAAAUUGGGCUAUGGGGAAGGAGUAAAGAAUAUACAUCUUCGUUCCGUUACUGGAUUUAUUUUCUUUAGUAAGUAAGUUUUUUUACAUAUGAUUAUAUACUUUUUAAAAGUGACUGGAUCUUCAAUUAAAUUUAUCUUUAAAAAAAUCAAAAUAAUGAUUUGUUUUAAAAGUGUUUUCAUAUAAUAACUUUUAACACUUUUCUCUGCAGCCUCCAGACCACUCGAUCCUCACUGGAGGAAGUGAGGGCUCUUAUCACAGAAAACACAACACUUAUGGAAAAGUAAGUCUUUUCUUGUGAUUUAUUAAGUUAAAUGUUGAGUUCACAUUAAGUCCUUUUCAUAUAACCAUGUCACAAUUCUAGUAGCUCUGUGACCAUGAUUAUAAUAAGUUGCUGACAUCUUAUGUUUUUUUCCAUUGUGUUUAGCCAUUUUAUGAAAACAUGGUUUAGUGAUCUAUCCUGACAUAUCAAAUCAGUGCUAAUUAGAGUUAGAGUGAAGAUUAACAAUACAAAUUUUAAAGUAAUGGCAAUUUUAGAUAAGGGGAAUGAGUUGUUCAAUAUUUUUGUGGUAUCAACCUGUUUUUAUCUUGCUACACACUAAGAUAAAUACAAAUUUUAUCAACACACAAUGGAAGUAUUGAUAAAAAAUGUUGGUUAGGUUGGUUGGGUUAGUCAUUCUUUCAAUUAUAAUUUUUAAAAAAUAAAUAUUUUAUUGGUCUACAUUAAGGAUAAAUUUGGUAACAACUGGUAGUGCAAAUAUGAGAGAUAUUGAUAAAGUUCUAAACAUGUGUUUCUAGAUAUCAAAAUAAGAAAGUUAUUCUGACAAAAAAUUAUUUCAAAUGGUGAUGCUUUCUUCAUCAGAUUCAGUUCACUGGGAGAACCAACAGAGGAAUACAAGUCUUGGGAAUAUGUCUUACCUUCUUGAUGUCACCCUUACAUUCAUUCUCAUGUAAGAUCAGUGUUUCAUGGAAAGAUAGUUGAUGUUUAUGCAAUUGUGUUAUGAAUAUGCUAAUACAUUCAAACACAUUAUGACCAAGAACCUAAUGAGGUUAACAUAUCGUAUAUUACCUUGUAUAACUUUAUCAACGUAUCAUGUGAGCCCUAUCUUUUUUGUUUAAAAAAAACCCCCCUAAAAUGCCAUGUCCAAUUAUAAUGCAUUUUGUUAAUCUCGUUCCCUAUAAUUAUAAAUAAUACAGUAUGAAUUAACAAUAAAAAUGUCAAAAUCCUUUAAAUUAUUAUAAUUAAAAAAAUUAAUGUUACUCAUAUCAAUACAACUCUGCUAAUAUCCUGUCAAGGGGGCGCUAUUUACAUUCUUUCUUUAUGUGCAGAUACAAUGAGCACAUUGUCGCCAAAUGCGAGUGGGUCAUGAAGAUUUGGUUGCAUGGGCGUUAUUGUUAAUAGAAAAUUGCUUGCAUGCACACGUGCGUAUAAUACGAACCCGUAACUUUAAUUUGCAUUUUUUACCAUAAAUUUCUCCCCUUAUACACUGUAAUUUAUGGGAAUCACCUGUGAAGCUUAAGAUGGCACUUUAAAUCACACUUGUUUCUGUCAAGACAUUAGUUUAUUAUAAAACAGUGCCCUAAUAGGAAAAAUUGUGUUUAACCCUUUACAGUACGAUGCGCCCGAAAUGCGCCGAUUUUUUCCUUAAGUCUACAGUCAGUUGCGGCCAAACCUGCCCGUUUCGAGGUUGUUUACUUUCGUUCUUAGCACAGCGGAAAUCCAUUGCGCAUUACUAUUUAUAGUUCUACCGGAAGAAAGCCUCGUUGUCUGGAUUUAUUUUGAGACUAGUUUGACCGCGGUGUAUUUAGGGGCUAAUUUUCUAUGAUUUUUUAAAAAGUUGUGAUUUUUUCGCUGUAAAAUAUGGCUAUCUAAGCCUUUGAUACCUUUUGAAAGAACUUGGGCCUAAUGAAGUUUCACUAUUUCAUGAGUGGGAGGGUCUCUGAAACUUUUUUAGGUUUAACUUUUGCUUUAAUCAUUUAUUUGUAUUUAGAUAUUUUUUAUUUUAUUUUCUUGCUUCUAGUUUAUUUUCUGUAAAUUAAUUAGAUAAAGAACCUACAUUUAAAAUGGAGUUAUGUCCCUUUGCUUGGGCGCUUGGAGUAGACAAGGCUGAAUAGGCUUGGACUGUAAAGGGUUAAAUAAAAUACCUGGUUUAAAAAGAUCACAGAUAUCACUUUGAUAGAUACCGUAUUUAUUGGCGUAUAACACGCACCUCAACUUAAGAAGGACAUUUCAGGAAAUAAAAACUAAACAUUCUAUCGGCGUAUAAUACGCACACAUGAUUUGCCUCCUAUUUUUGGGGAGAAAAAGUGCGUGUUAUACGCCAAUAAACAAUAAAUACGGUAAAUAUUCUCAGACUUUUUUGUAGUAACAGGACACAAGGUAGUUUUAAGUUUGUAGGAACAUUCCACUAAUUUCUUGCACAUUCUGUAGAUUAUUAGAAAUACUACUUGGCCUCUCCAUUGCAACAUUUAAUAAUAAUUUUUUUAAUGUUUUAUAAAUAAUUUGUUCACACAUAAACCCUUUUGUUGGUAAAUAUAAUUAAUUGCUUUGUACAGAUGUAAAGAAUAAUAUUUGAGAUGAUUUGUUUUUGAUAUAGCAUCCCAUGUGUUCAGUGCUCUACGAGAGUUGUGAAGGCAAGUUAUAAUAACUAAAUGUAAUAGAGAAUUUGACAACUUGAUCUAUUUAAAUCUAUGUGAGUCUUGUCUCAACAAAGGUUCUGCAACCUAACAAUGUUUUGAGAAGGGGGACUCUUUGUAGGAAAACAUAAAAUAUUUUUCUUCAGAAACCUUCAUUUAAAAGAGUUUUAGUUUUGGCUUCAGUUUUUUAGAGUUAAAUACAGAUUUUUACCAAUAGCUGAUUUACAUUAAUAAUUUUAUUAUUUGUAUCGUAAAUUGUAAUGUUUGUAAAAUAAGAAAUACCUUAAAAUGUCAAUAGUUUUUUUUUACCAUGUGCACAUUUUGUAUGAAAGGAGUUGUGCUGCAUUUAUAACAAAAAUGCACCACAAAGAACUAACUCUAAUAAAAAAAGUAUCAUUCUACCGAUUUUAAAAUGAUUAGCUUGAGGAGCAAUUAGUAUUGAAUAUAUUUAAAUAAAUGUUUGAGGUUGAUUGUAAAUGAAUGUUAGUUCAUGACCUUGACUUGAUGACUAAUAGGAAUAAGGACGUUGUAGGAAGUAACUAUUAAAUUAGGGUUCAGAUGAAAUUUAGAUAAUUACUCAUGUUGUUCUAAUUAUCAGUUGAUUUGCUUUUCAAAGUUUGACAUUAUGGCUGUGAAAUGUUUUUUUAUAACAUAACUAUGAUUUAUAUAUGUUGAUUAUAUUGAUGUGUGUACAUUGACUUAAUUAUUAGUUAAAAGUAUAUGAUAAUAAAAGUAUGUUCAAUAUUUAGCAUGAACAAAGCUAUUUAUUCUACAUAAUCAAAUCGCAAUAUAUUUGUUCCUAUGCAGGUCUUAAUAAAUGAGACUGAUGAAAUAAAAUAAAUAAAACAAUAUAAUAUAAAUCAUUAGAUAGGUCUUUUUGCUUUUAUUCCAAUAACAUUGUUCUUUCAUGCCAGGUCAUUUGUUUGUAUUAUGAUUAAAACGUCCUGUCAUGCCAGGUCAUUUGCAUGUAUUAUAUUUACAAUUUCCUGUCAUGCCAGGUCAUCUGCAUGUAUUAUAGUUAUCAUGACCUAUCACACCAGGUCAUUUGUUUGUAAUAGUGUUACAAUGUCCUGCCAUGCCAGGUCAUUUAUUUGUAACAGGGUUACAAUGUCAUGUCAUGCCAAACCAUUAACCUUUUUGAAUUUGUUUGGCAUUGUCUUCUCUAUAUGUUGUCACAUUUUUUAUUCCAUUCAUUUAAAUUUUAAAAGAUUGGAUGCCAUGCUAAAAUCUAAUACUCUUGGUUAGUCAAUGAGUUGCCUCAUAGCCAAUAAGAGUAUAAAUAAUUUCACCAAAAUAAUAAUUUCAUGUUCUGUCAACACGGAACCAUUUCAAUUUACUGACACCCCAGUACAACUGUGCAUUUUUGCUCUAAUUUGUAAGUUAUUUACACAAGAUAAACCAUGUAACAGGAUUGUUAAAAAAUGCUGGAAUAAUAAAAGAAAAAACACCACAAAGUGAAUAAAACUCAAGUGAGAAGCUAAUAAAUUAAACUAUGAAAUAUUGUAAAUAUGUAACGGUUGGAACGGAAAUUUUCUUAUAAGGCAGACUUCACUUGAAAACCAGGGCUGCAGAUUCCAAGUGGCUCGACAUUUUUUGUCUGAAUUCAAAUGGUUUAACUUUUUCAAUUUCAAUACUGAAGUAAUUUGCGAUUGGAAUGUCAUCACUCAGUGUUAGCCAUUGGUUCCAAUUUAAAAAAAAUUCUAUUUAACCUUGUAUAAAAGUAAUACCAAAACAUUUGAGAUGUGCAACUGCCAAAGGCUGAAGGUGUGAACUUAUUCUUUAUUAUUGCCACACACAUUGAUAAUUUAACAUUACACCAAUAGUGUAACCAUGAUAACCUGUCCUUUUUAUAAAAAAAAAACAACAGCCUGCAAUGUUGCAUGACUAGACUAUGUGAUGGUCAGGGUCAACAUAAAAAAAAAUACAUAUAAUUCUAUUUUCUUGUUUCACUUUCAAUGAUGUAUAUUUGUAAGUUUUCAAACUGUCAUUAAAAUUUUGAAGGGAGACUUAUGGGCCCUUGAGCUGCCUUGUAGUAUAAACAAUUUUAAAAUUGAUAUAUGUGGUGUUUGGAAUUUCACUCAUCUCUACUUAAAUCAGGUAAUAGGAUAUGUAAUUUAUUUUAAGUUUUAAAUAUAGAGAAAUGAAGUAAUAGGAUUUUAAACUGAAGUAAUGUUGAUCAAAUUAACUGCCACUGAAAACUGAAAGCAAAUAUUUUAACAUGUUCAAUCAGCUGAUGCCCUGUUAAAUUCCUUCCCUUUUAUUCUGGCCCAUGACAAUGAGUCUCCCUUUAAAAAAAAGAAGAAAAAAAAGAGUCUCUGUUUCUGGGGCUCAGGUCAAUCUAACAGCAUAACUUUAUAGCACAUGCAAACUUUUGAUUUUAAAAAAUGUUAUUUGACAUUGUGUUUCUUUGUUCAUAUUGCCAUUUGUUUUCUUUGUUAUGAGUGCCUGAGCUAAAGCUAAGAAGCAACCCCUUCCAAGUGUAUCAUCUACAGAGCCUCCUCUCAUUAAAUGGACCGGUAAACAGAUUUUUGGGCUGUAAGCCACUUGCUACUGUAUUUCUUUUCAUUGCUUGACAGGAACUGAAAGUGCAUGUUGUCUUCAAUGUUAUGAAAUUGUUUGUAAGGGAGAAGUCUUUCAUCCCACGAUUGACCCAAUGAUUUAAAUAAUUGUAAAGAAAACAUUUGCUGUCUAGUGCUUUCAAAGAAUUAAUUGUAAAUGAAAAUGGAAAAUAGACAUUUAUUCUCCCAUGAUAUUUUCUAGCACUGUUAAAUAAUGGGAUCUUAUCUGUUAGAAUUUUUAGUGGUUUAACCAAUAUUAUCCAAUUCCUGUUUGUGAUUCUAUUUGAUGCCUUAUAAAACUGCUCUUUGAAAGGUCUGCAGCUGUUUUCAACUGGUCAGUCAAGACACACAGGUGUGUCCCAAGACUUUGCUGUAAAGCAGGGGUUCUCAAAGUGGGGGUUACA